CGGCCGAAUUCAGCUCCACCAUUGACACCACAUCACGAGUGAUUGGCAAAAGUAGGUAUGUUAUCUGUGGUAUCGUUGCAGCAUAUCCCACAUCACCUGUAUCAUCCACCACCAUGGUUGCGCAAAUGAAGGCUGCUCAGAUUUCAGAGUUCGAUAAGCCAUACCAGCUCUGCGAGAGACCCUUACCUACAUGCGGCGAGAAUGACCUCCUCGUGCAGGUAUACGCAGCUGGUUUCUGUCACUCAGAUCUCCAGGUCUUGCAGGGGCAAUUUCCAGCUAGCUUGCCAAUGAUCCCGUCUCAUGAGCCAGCUGGCAAGAUCGUGGUAGUCGGCUCCCAAGUGCAGGGCAACUGGAAGAUCGGUGAUCGUGUUGGAGUCCUGAAUUUCAAAAACGCGUGUCGGCAAUGUGUCGGGUGCCAACAGCAUAUGAGAAGGUCUUCAGGCACACGUUCCGAUCCUCGGUUCUGUGAGAAGAGACAGAUGGCAGGCUUCAAGCAUGAUGGUGCUUUUGCAGAGUACAUGUUAGCCGAUCCAGAGACCACUGUCCAUCUGCCAGAAGGCGUUUCAUUCGAGCAAGGGGCUCCUCUAAUGUGUGCAGGAGCUACCGCCUGGGGCGCUCUACGAAAGCUGAAACCAGAGGUUAAAGAUGGUGAAGCGGUCGCUGUUGUAGGUAUUGGAGGCGUUGGCCACCUGGCAGUACAAUUUGCCAAAGCAAUGGGCUUCCGCACCGUAGCAAUCGACAACCGCGAAGAAGGCCGACAACUGGCUCAAGAAGUCGCCGACCAUCUCAAGCCGGAUCUUGUGGUUGAUUCAACAGCGAUCGAUGCAGAUGAUAGAAUUCUGGAAUUUACUUCUGGCGAAGGUCUCGCUGGCGUGGUGGUCUGCACUGACUCCAUCGCGGCAAAUGCGUGGAGUCUUCAACAGCUAGGUAACAGAGGCGUAAUGGUACCAUUGGGACUUCCAAAGGACAAGUGGCAAUUUGAUUCUGAGGCCAUGGUGUUCAGAGAGCUCAUCAUCAAGGGUAGUUAUGUCUCAAGUGCAGAGGAAGCGGAGCUGAUGUUCAAGGUUGUUGCGGAGCAUCAGAUCUCGUCACAUCUUACUGUCUUGGAAUUUGACCAGAUACCCACUCUUGUUGACAGAUAUUUGCAGAAGUCGAUGAAAGGUAGACUGGUCAUUCAAAUAGCCCAAUAAACUCAACCAUUCUUCGAAG